CUUGCGCAUGCGUGUUGUGCUUACCAUACGACCCAAUCCAAGCUAUUUUAACACACGGCGAAAAACUCAAAGUGAUUUCCAGAAGAUGGCGACCGCACUGGUGGUGUCAAAUUCCGUUCCUGCAAAUGGUGAAACUGAGAAAUGUGAAACAGCUGUUCAGAAGGUUGUGAAUCCUGAAACGUACAUCAAACACCCACUACAAAACAGGUGGGCUCUUUGGUUUUUCAAGAAUGACAAAAGCAAAACGUGGCAAGCCAACCUUCGUCUCAUCUCCAAAUUUGACACUGUGGAGGACUUCUGGGCAUUAUACAAUCACAUUCAGCUGUCAAGUAACUUGAUGUCUGGCUGUGACUACUCUUUAUUUAAGGAUGGGAUUGAGCCCAUGUGGGAAGAUGAAAGGAACCGGCGAGGCGGCCGCUGGCUGAUAACUCUGUCCAAGCAGCAACGUAAAGUAGACCUGGAUCGGUUCUGGUUGGAGACGCUCCUGUGUCUUGUUGGAGAAGCUUUUGACGACUACAGUGACGAUGUUUGUGGAGCUGUCAUUAAUGUUAGAGCCAAAGGUGAUAAGAUGGCUAUAUGGACUACAGACUAUGAAAAUAAAGAGGCCAUCACACACAUAGGGCGUGUGUAUAAAGAAAGGCUAGGCGUCCCACCAAAAGUGAUCAUUGGUUACCAGUCACAUGCAGACACGGCCACAAAGAGUGGCUCAACAACCAAGAACAAGUUUGUUGCCUGAGGAUCCAAGGAUUAUCAACCAAGCCUUCCUGUGUUUCCAAAUAAUUUUUUUUUUUUUUUCUUUUUUAAAUUGAAUGUAACUUCGAUCUUUUGGAAAACAUUGGGGGGAAAAGGGAUAAAAUUUGCUUUUUUUUUUUUUCUCUUUUUUUGUCACUUAUCACAUGUUUGGGACACUUAAGGAGACUGUGAUAAAGAUGCCUUUUUUCCCAUUUGGUUCUCAAUAAUUUGGUGUAUUUUUAGCUUUUUUUUUUUUUUUGUUAAAGUACUCAACAUUAAAGGCAUAUAAAAUAAAAACAUGUAGUUUAAUAAACUGGUACUGUACUCCUGUAGCAAAUUUCCAGUAACGGCAUAGGGAUUUAAAAUGUUUACAUUGGAAUUAAAAUUAAACAAAUCCAAGUAAUGCGUUGACUUCAGAGGCUACUCACUGUAGAAGCAAGGCAAUGCUGACAUCGUUGCCGUUGACCCACUUUGGGUGUCACUAAAGUCAGUUUUUUGUUUUGUUUUUUUUGGGGUGGGAGCGGGUUCAUGUAAGUUUCUAAAGAGUUAAAACUUCACAUCUCUGUAAUGACAUCAACAUCAGUGUUCCAUGAUAGAUAAAAUUUAUUUUCUUUGGCCAAAGUAUGUGUUCGGUGCAUGUGUUUUCCAAAACAUGCGUGUUAUACAGCAUUUGUUUCUAGAACAUGGUUAAGCUUUGUUAAACAAUGCAAACAGUUAUUUCCAUGCCACAUUUUUGUGACAAAAUGAAUAUUGUUGGAUGAAACGGUGCCUUUAAUGUAAAUCCCUGCCUGGUAUUUCUGAAAUGUACAGAGCGGCAAUGUAAAUAAACUUGUACAGUGGC